UCUGUAAGUAAUGUAUAAUAUAUUAUGUAUCUUAUCUUAAUCUAUUUCAACAGCUGGCUGUAAUUUUCUUUAUUUGCUUGUGUCUCUGGAAAGAUGCAUCGUUAACUGUGUGAUUCUUUCUUUCACAAUGUCAGGUUUAAAUGGCUGAAGAAAACUUUACCCUCGACUCAACUGAAGUCCCCCCAAACGGCAGCAGCUGUGACGUGUUUAUCUACCAGAGUGCCGCGGCGGUCCUCUUCCCCAUUUUCUACUCUGUUGUGUUCAUCAUCAGUGUGUGUGGGAACUGCCUGGUUCUCUGUGUCAUCUGCCAGAGGAAACAGAAGUUCAACUCCACAUCGAUCUAUCUGGUGAACCUUGCGCUAUCUGAUGCUCUGUUCACGCUGGCGCUGCCAGGCAGAAUCACCUACUACAUCCGUCAGUUUGACUGGCCCUUUGGUGACCUCUUCUGCAGGCUCACCACACUUCUGUUCUUUGCAAAUACAUACGCAGGCAUCGGCUUCAUGACCUGCAUCAGCUUGGACAGAUACCUCGCCAUGGUGCAUCCCCACCACCUGCAGUGCUUACGCAGUGUGAAAGUUGUUCGCAGGGUCUGCUGCCUGGUCUGGUUUCUGGUAUCUCUGGAGGUCUGCCCGCUGUUAUUCCGCAGCAUGCUGCAUGUGAAAGGAGAUAAACGAACCUGCAUGGAGUACUUUAACUUUGAGGGCUCCCGCUUCACCCCUUACCUCCUGAUCCUGGCAUGCUUUAUCUCUUUUUGCUGCCCUCUCACGGUCAUUAUGGCAUGUUACGCCCGGAUCAACCUAAAACUCCGGGACGCAGCCAAGAAGAGCUCUGUGACUGGCCGAACGAGCCGGAACCACAGGGCCAACACAAUUAUUCUCCUCAUCCUCCUCACCUUCGUCCUCUGCUUCAGCCCGUACCACCUCAAUAUCAUGCAGUUCAUGUUCAGAAAGAUCAGUCACCAGCCCACUUGUGAAGAACUGAGAACCUUUAAGAUGUCCUUGCAGAUUACGGUCUCAAUGAUGAACUUUAACUGCUGCCUGGAUCCAGUCAUCUACUUCUUUGCCAUAAAGACAUACAAGAAGCGAGUUAUGAGCCUGUUCAAGGACUAUAUGUACACUUCCGCCGCCUCCUCCAAAGUGACAGCUGAGAAUAGCAGCAGCAACACCUGAUCCACACAACCGCAGAGAAGACCUAGUUUAAGGGGUUAAAAAAAAAGAGACCGUUCUUCUCUCCUGAAGAAGCUGUUCCUGCAAAUGACUCUUGCGUCUUUGGUGGUGGGCUUUGAGUCGGUUCAGGAUGAAUGGUUUCAGCUUAUCUGCAUUACACAUUGCCUUUACCAGUGAUUUUAUGGAGUUUUUCGUACCGCCGUACAUGUUAUAAGGAUAUUCUCUCAGCUCAUUUGUUGACUGUAUAGAUUUUGUUCUUGUUGUAUUUUCUUCUCGUGUACAAUGGUAUAUUACAACAAAUGAUAAAUAAACCCAUAGUAGUAAUUGUGGAAAGAUGUAGUACAAGCAUUAAUUUUCUGUGUUUGUUUUACUAAGUGAUUAAAUAAACUGUA